AUGCACUCAUUGAGAGUCCUUGCGCCCUUGCUUGUUGCAGGUCUGGCAAUAGCCGAUAACAUCACUGCUACUGUCAAUCUUGGUGUCUCCAAAGGAUCAACCUCACACUGGGCAUCUGGUUUUAUCUAUGGUAUUCCUGAUACUCCCAAUCAGAUCUCUGAUCAAUGGUAUACCCAGAUGGGGUUCCGAUACGGGCGUGCUGGAGGAGCUCAGCUGGAUGCUCCAGCUCGGGGCUGGAUCUGGGGACUGCAGGAGUACAAAGGCCGUCUAGCAUCGACCCUCUCCAACUAUCAGACAUGUCGCAAGUACGGAGCAGACUUCAUCAUUCUGCCUCACGAUAUCUGGGGCACUGAUCAUGCAAACUUCUCGACGGUAUGGCCUGGCGAUGGCGGAGACUGGUCAGACUAUGACCUCUUUGUGAGAACUUUGAUGGCCGAUCUCAAGGCACACGAUGCUCUCGAAGGGCUUGUUUGGGACAUUUGGAAUGAGCCAGACAUUGAGGUCUUCUGGGUUCGAUCUCAGCAGCAAUGGAUCGAUUUGUAUAUUCGAACACAUAAGAUUCUUCGUGAGGAUGCCGCCUUUGAUCAAGUUCAACUCUCUGGGCCCACGCUUGCUUAUCGCCCAGUGUCUGGCAAUACCUGGUGGGCCAACUGGCUGGCCCAGAUUGCAGGAAACGACACUAUUCCAGAGCAGUACGCCUAUCACUUGGAAGGAGAGACGGGCGAUUGGGACAAUGAUCUUCAGAACACAAACGGCACCCUGACGGCGCUUCUGAAGAGCUACGGCCUUCCUGAGCGUCAAAUCAACAUCAAUGAAUACGCCAAUUCGGCCGAACAGAUCCCAGCUGGGGCAGCCUGGUGGAUUUCUCGACUAGAGCGCUACGAUGCAUUUGGACUGCGUGGCAACUGGCUCAGCGGUUGGAACCUGCACGAUCUCUUCGCCAAUCUUCUCACCAAGUCCUCCGAACCCUUGGACUAUAAUGCGACCGACUAUGCCUCGGCUCCAGAAUAUCAGGUUUACAAAUAUUACAACCUUAAUAUGACGGGCAAGCGAGUGGAGACCUCUGGCACUGGCGACCGUUUGUUUGACGUGUAUGCGACAGUUGAUUCUGACAAAGUGCGCAUUCUCUCUGGAGCGCGCAUUACUACGGGCAACUGGCAGAUCACCGUGCACAGUAUAAGCUCGGUCGGGCUUCCAAGCAAAGGCUCUGUUGAUAUUCAAACUUGGGGUUUCGCAGGCACCUCUGUAUAUGAAACGGUCGAUGCUCCUAGUGACCGUGGCAUCGUCUCACACGCAUAUUCUGGUGACACGUUGACAUUCCCCAUCUACCAGACCGAUGCCAGCACAGCGUGGGCAUUUGAGUUCAGUCGUUAG